AUGCUCCUUGCAUAUGGUGUAAAAUCAGUAACUAUAGUGGGGUAUGGCGUACUAGAUGCCUUUCAUGAUUCUAUAAGGAAGGAUGUAACACGCCAGCCGCUGGUUGUUACAAUUCAUUAUGGUGAGGAAUUUAAAGUAUACGAGUCAGGGAUUUUCAGAGGACCAUGUGGUAAAGAGUUCAUAUUUAAUAAUGGAUCUACUCAACUGGAGGUUUUAUCUCCACAAACUCUCAUUGAUUGUGACACGUUAAACAACGGGUGUUUUGCUGGGGAUAUUCGAAAGGCAUUUUUAUUUGCAACAAGGUCGCCUGGUCUUUUAAGGGAGGAUGACUAUCCCUAUAUAGCAGUAAAACGUCCCUGUAUGCUCCCUGCAGAUGGUGUAAAAUCAGUAACUAUAGUGGGAUAUGGCGUACUAGAUGCCUUUCAUGAUUCUAUAAGGAAGGCUGUAACACGCCAGCCGCCGGUUGUUACAAUUCAUUAUGGUGAGGAAUUUAAAGUAUACGAGUCAGGGAUUUUUAGAGGACCAUGUGGUAAAGGUAAACAUUCAUUAUUAUUAGUAGGAUAUGGUACAACAGACCAAGGAGAAAAGUAUUGGAUCUUGAAAAAUUCUUGGUCGAGACUCUGGGGUGAAGAAGGUUACGUAAGGAUGUUAAAUAAUGAGACUCAAAGUGGUCUUUGUGGCAUGAAUACUCGUGUCGCCUUUCCCAUACCAUUAGGGGCUUUUUGA